GUUGUUUUUGUUGUGUAGAAAAGGUGUUUCGCGGUGCAAAAACGCAUCGUGCGGUGCGCGCAUUUUCUGCUCAAUUUCAUUGCAUUUAUCUGUGAAAAAAGCAAAAAGCAUAGUAAAGGAUGAACAAUUUGUGGAAAUCCAUGUACCGAUUACGGGUGCACUCGCGCAACCAGACGCUGGCGUACGGCAAAGUGUUCAGCGCAUCGCAAAGCACCUCAACGCAGCCGGCAUCGUCGGCGGGUGAUACCGGUGCCACAGCACCACCGGCGAAAGAGAAGAUCAUAAUCCCGACCCGAAUCGAACGUGGCCCGACCGACAUUCUGAUGGCACUGUCCGCGACGGUCGGGUUCGAUCCGACCGCUCCGCACUACAAAUACCACGACGAUCCGUACCUGAUACCGACGUCGAACGCGAACAAGAAAACGUACGCCCUGGCGCAGGAGGCGGGACGCAAGGCGGCCCACUGGAUACGGCAGGAGAACGCGAAGCUGUUCCGGCACAUGGAAGCUGACCCGCCGGUGCAAGCGUUCGUACCGACGAUGGUGUACAACGAGGAGAGCCAGGUGGAGACGACCGAUCUGCAGCAGCUGAUCGACAGCGUGGAGGUCAAGGACGCGAUACUGGUGUACAAUCUGCUGAAGAAGAACGGUAUCGAGGUGGGAGAUGAGCUGAAGCAGCAGCUGUUGGAGCUGCUCUGCUUCUACAACCACGAGGACACGCUGCCGGAACAGUUCAUCGAGGAGCGUUGGUUCCGCCAAGGAACGGUUGGCCGCGAACGGCAGCGCAAAACGUGGAAAGACUUCGAGCUGGCGGAGGAACUAUUCCACGGGCUGGAAUCGAAACGGUCCGAGCACUACUGUGCCAUGAUCCGCGGUAUGUCACGCUUCUUCCAGGUCGAGAAAGCCUGGGCCCUGUACCAGGAGACGGUGGAGAAGGGCAUCGAGCUCGACACGAACACGUUCAACAGUCUGCUGCACAUCGCCUCGUUCCUGAAGGAAAGCUACGACAAGCGGUGGGAUCUGGUGUGCGAGGUUAUGACUACGAUGAAGCAGCAGGGACUGCGGCCGAACCUCGGUACGCUGAACGGGAUUCUGCAGACGGUGACAACGAUUGGUGGGUACAAUCAUCCGCGCACGUACGCGCUCAAAACGUUGGCGGAGUUUAAGCAGCUCGGUAUCGAACCGUCCCUGGCGAGCUGGUACUACAUGCUGGUCAUCUUCUGUCGCGAACGGGGCCCGGUCAGCCACGUGCUGCACGACAUUAUGAACGAGAUCGAGGGUAAAGAGUUUACGAUCCAGGAUCCGAAGGAUACGUUCUUCUUCGUGACGGCGAUGGACGUAUGCCGCAACCAUCUGCACGACAAGGAGCUGGCGAAGCGCGUCAACCAGCUGCUGCACCAGGGCGAAAACUACAACCUGAUUGGCGAUUCAUACAAGGAAUCGAUAUACUACCGGCACUACUUUGCCCUGCUGGCGACCACGGAACCGCUGGACAGUUUCCUCGAAACGUACCACCUACUGGUGCCGAACGUUUAUAUACCGGAACCGUCGGUGAUGGAGGACAUUUUGCGCUCGGUCGAGAUGAACACCGCCAUCGAGCACGUGCCGCUGCUGUGGUCCCACAUGGUGCAGUUCGACCAUACGGGGCGGGAAAAUCUUGUCAACCUGCUGCUGCACAUCAUGGUCACGAAUCAACCAUCGGCGGACGAGCCGAAGCAUGCGGAGCUGGUUCAGCGAUUCGCCAACAUUGCGUGGGACAUGUGGAACCGGAUGGAGGAGCGUGCUGCGGCACCGCGCGCCACCACGACGACCGGCAUGCCCGGACCGAUGCUGGGCGACGUGUUGCUGCUGUGCGCCCGGGCUGGGGACUACGAGAAGGCGACGGCCGUCUUUACCAAGCUCAGCAAGGAACAGAACUCGAUCGUGGGUGAGCCGAGGAUUGACGGGUUGCGCGAGUUUGUGAACUUGUGCGUGGCCAACAGAACGCCAUCGGUUGCCCUGCAGUGUUUGCAGUACUGCAGCGAGAACGGGUAUCCGGAGAGUGUGGACAUUGGACGGCAUAUUUUCAACUCGUUCACGCUGGACCAGACACAGGUGUCGAAGAUUCGCAGUCUGGUCGGUGCGGAAGCGGUUAAACCGAAGCAAAAUGCAGCUGGAAGUGAAUGAAGUCGCUGCUGCGUAACAACGAACGUGUAGGGAAAGCAUGUACCAUUUAGACGGCGAGGAAAUAAAUAAAACAUCGUAUUAGGUUAAACAUAUAAA